CCGAGCGGAGCUGCCGGACGCGGGAGACCCCCAAAACUGGCCCCAGCAUGAAUCUCCUCCCGGCCGCCGUCACCGCCCUUCAUCUCCUCGUCCUCCUCCUCCUCUUCGUGGCCACCCUGGAUAAGGGUUGGUGGGUGCUGCCGGACGCGCAGGCUCUGAACCUUUGGUACGACUGCGCCCCCCAAAACCGCACCCAGGGCUGGGAGUGCAGCAGCCUCGGGCUCAGCCCCCUGCUGCGGGGGGUGCAGGGGCUGAUGGUGGCCGCCCUCCUGCUCUCGGCCCUCGGCCUCCUCCUCUUCCUCUGGCAGCUGCUGGGGGGGCCCCGCGGGCGCCUCUUCCUCCCCUCGGCCGCGGCCCAGCUGCUGGCAGGGCUGGCGGCGCUGCUGGGGGCGGGGCUCUUUGUGGCCAGCGGGGGCGGGGCCGGCGGUGGCCAUCCCGGGCACUGCCCGGUGCUGGCCGGGCUGGGCGGGGCCCUGGCGCUGGCCAGCGGCGGCGGCUACCUGCGCCUGCGGGCACGCGACUGAGCGGGACACGCCCGCCCGAUGGACACGCCCCAUGGACACGCCCUGUGGACACACCCAAUGGACACACCCAACUGGGACACGCCCAAUGGACACACCCACUUGGGACACACCCAAUGGAAACACCCAAUGGAUAUGCCCAGUGGACCUGCCCAAUGGACACGCCCAAUUGGGACACGCCAAAUGGACACGCCCAAUGGACACACCCAAUGGACACACCCAAAGGAUACGCCCAAUGAGCACACCCAAUGGACACGCCCAAUGGGCACACCCAAAGGAUACGCCCAAUGAGCACACCCAAUGGACACGCCCAAUGGGCACACCCAAAGGAUACACCCAAUGGGCACGCCCAAUUGGCACGCUCAAUGGACACACCCAAAGGAUACGCCCAAUGAGCACACCCAAUGGACACGCCCAAUGGACACACCCAAAGGAUACGCCCAAUGAGCACACCCAAUGGACACACCCAAUGGGCAUGCCCAAUGGACACGCCCAAAGGAUACGCCCAAUGAGCACACCUAAUGGACACCCCAAUGGACACGCCCAAAGGAUAUGCCCAAUUGACACACCCAAUUGACACACCCCCUGGGACAUGCCCAAUGCAUACCGCCAAUGGGCACGCCCAAUGGACACGCCCAAUGGAUGCAGACAAUGAACACGUCAAAGGGACACACCCACACGGGACACGCCCAAUGGAAACACCCAAUGGACACGCCCAAUUGACACACCCAAUGCACAAGCCCGCUGGACACGCCCACUGGACACACCCACUGGAUACACCCAACUGGGACACACCCACUGGACACACCCACUGGAUACACCCAACUGGGACACACCCACUGGACACACCCACUGACAUGUCCUGGGACACGCAUGCUGGACAAAACCACUGGACACACCCAUUGGACACGCCCACUCGGGAUACACCCACCUGAGACACACCCACUGGACACACCCACCCGGGACACGCCCACCAGACACACUUGGGACACGCCCACCUGGGACAUGCCCACCUGUCAUGCCUAUUGGACACACCCACUGGACACGCCCACUUGGGACACACCCACUUGGUGCACACCCACUGACACGCCCAUUAAACACGCCCACUUGUGACAUGCCCCGUGGGACACGCCCACCUGUGACACGCCCACUGAACCAUGACCCGACCAAUGACCCUGCAAUGACGUCAUCGCUGGCCGGAUGGUGACGUCAUCAGUGACACGGAUACGGCCAGUGACGGCGCUGACGGCAUCCGUGACGUCACCAACGAGAUGGGUGUGGCCAGUGACAUCAUUGGUGUGGCUAGUGACGUCACCGGCAAGAUGGGUGUGUCUAAUGACGUCACCAACUGGAUGGGCGUGCCCAGUGACGUCAC